AUGGGAGGAAAGCGGGCGCAGAAUAAGCCCCCGACCAGCCAGAAGCGGCCGAAGGCGCCCCCAAAGGUUUCUGACGACAAGAGAAAGCUUGAGCUUCUCAAGGAAGCAUGGAUGAAAAAGCAAGCAGCCGUGAAGAGAAAGUUCUCCGUUAUCACAGAGGAACUCGAAACUGCUCAAGCUUUGCUGAGGAAAGCGAAAAAGAUCAGUCGUUGGAUCAAAAAGGCGAAGAAGGUUCUGAUCUACACGGGUGCUGGGAUAAGCACGGCCGCCGGAAUUCCGGAUUAUCGUGGACCAAAUGGCAUCUGGACACGCGCGUUAAUAAUAUACGAGCGCCUAUUUGGGAAGGAAGUGGCACGGGCCAUGGCGAAUGUGGAGAGACUGAAGAAAGAAUUGGCUGAUUGCCCGAAUAUGUUGGAAUGCAAGCCAACGGCGUCUCAUAUGAUCAUCCGUGAGAUGUAUAAACGGGACUUUGCCCAUCACGUCUUGUCGCAGAAUUGCGACGGCCUCCAUGUUAGAUCCGGGCUGCCGCAAAUUGCGCUCUCCGAAAUUCAUGGGAAUAUGUUUGUCGAAGUUUGCCAAGACUGCAGUUGCCAACAUAUCCGCACUUAUGACUGCACCACCCGCAGCGCCCAUUUCUCCCAUAAUACCGGAAGGCUGUGCGAUUAUUGUGAAGGUCGCCUAGAAGAUACCAUCGUUCAUUACGGAGAAAAAAGCCGCACCGAAUGGCCGCAGAAUUGGAAUGGCAUCCGAGAAAACCUAAAAGAUGUCGACGUCAUUCUCUGCGUUGGGACUUCAUUGGCCGUACUCAGAUCAUACGAAGAAUUGUGGCCGAAGCGAGCUAAGCUCGUCAUUGUCAAUCUUCAAUGGACCCUGAAGGACAACGCGGCGGAUAUGAAGGUGGCGGCCGCAUGCGAUGAUUUCUUCGAGGCUCUUGCACAUGAACUAGGUUUCAAGGCGCCGAAAUAUUGCCGAGGAUGUGAUCCACUUCUAUUUCGGAAAGAGGUGGAGGGCGGCUUCAACCCCAAUUUGCGAAAUGAUCUGCUAUGGGAAUUGUCCGAGUGUACGUGUGGCGGGGCCAACAGCGACGUCCCGCUUCCGGAGUUGCCGCCCGACGCUCCCGACCGAAGUGAGGCCCCCGGAUGGUGGGUCUACGGUCAAAACCAAAUCCUCUGUGGCGUUGGAGUGAAAUUUGGUGACCUAACGGACCUACUGUUCGGGGCAAAUGAACGACAAAGACCCAGAUCUAUACGGACAGCGCCGACGCCAGAACGAGGAAAGCCAGGCCCUUGUGGGAAGCGAUCCGUGAAGCGUGCUCAAGAAGAUGAAACUAAAGCGCCUCCACACCCACUACCACUACCACCAUUGGCACCAAGCCGCAAACCCGUCAGAGAAGCCGGCCCAAGCGAAUACUAUGAAGCCCCCACGGAUUCUGACGAUGAAACACCGGAACAGAGAAAACACCGACUCUCUGAGAAAAAGCGAAUCCAAGCAGACCUGGGCAAACGAUGCGCCAUCCUCCAAGCCGAAGAAUUGUUUGAUGACAGCAGCGAAGGAGGCGAUAAUAGCGACGACAGUGACUUUGAAAUAUCAAAGGAGCUACUCGCCGCCACAAUGCCUUCAACGUCUAGUUGUCGAGUGCAACGGGUCAUUCCACCAAAGGGAGCCAAACGAGAACCAAUGUACCCAGCCGCUCCACGAAAAAUCAAGAAAGAAGCCCAAAAGCCAAAGAUCAAAAAAGACGAGGACGAUGAAGAAGAUGAAUCGGCUGACGAUGAUGAUGAGUGCCUCGUCUCCAACGCCAUCAACCUCACCGAACUCACAACCGGAUGGAGCAGCAGUAGCGCCUGUGGCAGCUGCUGUCGAACCAAGCCCUGUGCGUCCCGUGGUCGUCAUGCAAAA